CAUCUCGAGUUCAUUGAGGUUCGUCAAUGGCGCCUGCUAUUGCUUCUGCUGGCUCGAUAUUUGCAUCAGAAUACGUGGCUAAUUUUUCACGCUCUUUGGAACUUAUCUCGUGUACUGGUGCGCUGCCAUUUUUCACGGCCAAGUGCCUGUGCCAGAACGGGAAGAGACGAUUAUCUCUAACCACUAAUGUUUAUACAGAAGGUAUUUCAGAAUCGCGAGCUGCGCAAGCAACGAAGUGGAAAGAAAAGCUCGAACCCGAGCCGGACGCCUUAUCUAUUCUGAAUGAGAGGAUUCGUCGUGAUAUCGGAAACAGAGAUUCUUCGAGAACUGUCAUGGAUUCGCAGGAAGCGGAGAAAUAUAUUCAAUUAGUGAAGGAGCAACAGCAGAGGGGACUGAAGAAAUUGAAGGGGGAUGGAGAAGGGAACCCAGAGGGGUUUAGUUACAAGGUCGAUCCUUACACACUUCGUCCGGGAGAUUAUGUUGUUCACAAGAAAGUGGGAGUUGGACGAUUUGUUGGUAUUAAGUAUGAUGUUUCCAAGGAUUCCACGGAGCCCAUUGAGUAUGUCUUUAUAGACUAUGCGGAUGGAAUGGCGAAGCUUCCUGUUAAGCAAGCAUCACGUCUCCUAUAUCGAUAUAAUCUUCCAAAUGAAACAAAAAAGCCAAGGACAUUGAGCAAAUUAAGUGAUACCAGCGCCUGGGAGAGGAGAAGGAUAAAAGGGAAGAUUGCCAUCCAGAAAAUGGUUGUUGACUUGAUGGAGCUAUAUUUACAUAGACUGAAACAAAAGAGGACGCCAUACCCAAAGAGUACUGGCAUGGCUGAUUUUGUUGCUCAAUUUCCUUAUGAGCCCACUCCUGAUCAGAAACAGGCUUUCAUUGAUGUUGAAAAGGAUUUGACUGAGAGGGGAACUCCAAUGGACAGACUGAUAUGUGGAGAUGUUGGCUUUGGUAAAACAGAAGUUGCCCUACGUGCCAUUUUUUGUGUUGUCUCAACAGGGAAGCAAGCUAUGGUUCUAGCUCCAACUAUUGUUUUAGCGAAACAACAUUUUGAUGUCAUUUCUGAGCGCUUUUUCAGGUGUCCUUACAUCAAGGUUGGACUCUUGAGCAGGUUUCAGACCAAGGCAUUGAAAGAAGAAUAUCUUUCAAUGAUUAAACAUGGGCAUUUGGACAUCAUUGUUGGAACUCACGCGCUUCUUGGAAAUCGAGUUGUUUAUAAUAAUCUUGGGCUUCUUGUUGUUGACGAGGAACAGAGGUUUGGUGUCAAACAGAAGGAGAAGAUUGCUUCAUUUAAAACUUCAGUUGAUGUUCUCACUCUUUCUGCAACCCCUAUACCUCGAACCCUUUACUUAGCGUUGACUGGGUUUCGUGAUGCUAGUUUAAUAUCAACACCACCUCCAGAAAGAGUUCCUAUAAAAACUCAUCUUUCUGCAUACUGUGAAGAAAAAGUCUUAUCAGCAAUCAAGUUUGAGCUGGAUCGUGGUGGCCAAGUUUUCUACGUUUUGCCUCGUAUUAAAGGACUCGAAGAAGUGUUGCAGUUUCUUGAGCAGUCAUUCCAAAAUGUUGAAAUAGCCAUUGCACAUGGAAAGCAAUACUCGAAGCAGCUUGAAGAAACUAUGGAAAAGUUUGCCCAAGGAGAAAUCAAGAUCCUCAUAUGCACAAAUAUCGUUGAAAGUGGGCUUGACAUUCAGAAUGCAAACACUAUAAUAAUUCAAGAUGUUCAGCAAUUUGGCUUAGCACAACUGUAUCAGUUGCGUGGACGGGUGGGACGUGCAGAUAAGGAAGCUUAUGCACACUUAUUUUACCCCGAUAAGUCACUUCUGUCUGAUCAAGCAUUGGAACGACUUGCUGCUCUUGAGGACUGCCGUGAUCUGGGCCAAGGUUUCCAACUUGCAGAGAGAGACAUGGGUAUAAGAGGAUUUGGAAAUAUCUUUGGCGAGCAACAGACAGGAGAUGUUGGAAAUGUGGGCAUUGAUCUGUUCUUUGAGAUGCUUUUUGAAAGCCUAUCAAAGGUUGAAGAACAUCGUCUGGUUUCAGUUCCUUACCAAAGUGUACAGCUUGAUGUAAAGAUAAGUCCUCACCUUCCUUCAGAAUACAUAAACUAUCUAGAAAACCCCAUGGAAAUAAUAAGCAAGGCGGAGAGAGCUGCUGAGAAAGACAUCUGGAGUUUGAUGCAGUUCACUGAGAAUCUUCGUCGCCAAUAUGGAAAAGAACCACCCUCCAUGGAAAUUUUACUGAAGAAGCUUUAUGUGAGGAGGAUGGCUGCAGAUCUUGGGAUCACUAGAAUAUAUGCCUUAGGCAAGAUGGUGGGUAUGGAAACAAACAUGAGUAGGAAGGUUUUCAAGUUGAUGACAGAGUCAAUGACAUCUGAUGUUCACCGGAACUCUCUGGGUUUGAAGGAAAAUCAAAUUACGGCAGAACUGCUACUGGAGCUACCAAUAGAGCAACUUCUCAAUUGGAUUUUUCAGUGCUUGGCUGAACUUCAUGCCUCUCUACCAACCCUCGUGAAAUACUGAAUCUCUUCAUGGGAGAGCUGGUCCUUUAUGAUGCCCUCUCUCUCUAUUCUUUUAUUCGGCCCUAGAAAGUGUCAAUAUUUUGUAUACCAGCACAGGGACAGGUAGCAGAAAUUUACAAACCAGGAGCAUCAGUUUGUCAAGUAUCAAAGUUCCUGAGAUGUUACUCUGCAGAUUCCAGAUAUGAUUUGUGCUUGUUCAGACUGUGUAAAGAUGUAUGACACGUCUAAUUCUAAUAGACAUCUGAAAACCUAUUGCUUCAGAGAGCGUGGAGACUAUUCAGCAGCAAAUUGUCUCUCAAUUGGUACAUAUUAUGUAAGGAGAAUCCAACUCUGGCUCCUCUUCGGUAACUUGAGAUCUCCAGUGAAGUGCAGAGAGCAUGAAACGUCAGCAAAUAUAGGGGUUGUCUCUGCUGAGAUUUCAUGCUGUUCACUGAACUAGAACAUUCCAGUUAGUUAAUGGAUUGGAGCUGGGCCCUCUAGAUGAUAUGUUCAAUUGUUUUCUUACUUUACAGGUGUGGUAAU